AUGGCCGCCUCCACCAUGUCCCUCUGCUCUGAUGCUUGCACUAAUGCCUCCUGGCAGGUGGAUGACUGCCCAGAGAGCUGCUGUGAGCCCUCCUGCUGUGCCCCCAGCUGCUGCCAGCCCAGCUGCUGCCAGCCUAGCUGCUGUGUUCCUUGCUGUGCCCCCAGCUGCUGUGCCCCAGCCUCCUGCCUGACCCUUGUCUGCACCCCAGUGAGCUGUGUGUCCAGCCCCUGCUGCCAGUCUUCCUGCUGCACACCCUCAUGCUGCCAGCAGUCUAGCUGCCAGCCAGCUUGCUGCACUUCCUCCCCCUGCCAGCCAUCCUGCUGUGUACCUGUGUGCUGCACACCUGUGUGCUGCAAGCCAGUGUGCUGUGUCUCCAUCUGCUCUGGCUGCCAGCCAUCUUGCUGCACCUGCUCCCCCUGCCAGGUGUCCUGCUGUGUACCCAUGUGUUGCAAGCCUGUCUGCUGUGAGGCAGUCUGCUGA